AUAAAUUGUUUUGACAAAGCGCAUUCUGAUUUUUAUCAGUCGAAUCGAUAAGAAAGGUGAGUGACCGCUUACAUAACAAUCAUAGUAUCAAGUGUGAAUGCCCCUUUAUCCUAGCAACCAAUCACGACCAUCGAGAAACGUCAAAUUUCCGUACCUAACCUAAAUUAACCCAAACGCGAAUAUUCUCGGAACUGGGGCAAGAAUGGCACUCUAGGACUGCGGAAACCCGAAAUAGACCAUGAACCUGAAUCUGAGCAAGCAGAGCCGCAUCUACAAGAAACUCUUCGACUUGAAGCCCCCUCAGAGAAACGGCCUAAUCCUCAACCUGCACCACACCGAACAAAACUCGCAAAAAAUCCGCUUCAUUAACAGUUCGUUCCAUAAAAGCGGCCAGUUUCUGGUUCUCGCAGACAACGAAGGCAACAUUUUCGUGAUAGAUUUCAGCAGCCACAAGUUCUGGAACCUCCCAAGAAUACUCAACUCGUGCACAAUAAUCAAAUUUUCGCAUUUCAAAGAGAACGAAAUUCUAGUGGGGGCGCACACCGGGCGGAUCUCCGUAGUAGACAUCCAGACGGGCUUUCUGUCAGCGGAACUAGUGGGGCACGAGUGCCCCGUGUCCUACGUUUCGUUCGCCAGUGACUUUUUGUGUCUCACGUCGUCCAUAAACGAAGCGAUAUUGUGGAAUCUCGAAACAAACACGAAAAUACAGGUGUUGAAUUUAACACACAGUUGUACCUUGAAAUAUGUUUCUUUCAUUCCAGUCACGAACGACAUCCUCACCUGUUUCAACGACGAUUGCAUCCAAAUUUGGCAAUUUGGCACGUUCGAAGUCAAAAAUAACAUACCACCUCUUGUGUGGUUCAACCAUGAGGUGAAAAAUAUCACAUUUACGUUAGACGGUAAAAUCAUGGUGCUUGGCUGCCGCCCCCACCACCUCGCCCUCUUCCUCCUAAGCACUUUCAAGCUACUCAAGUUCAUCACCCUCCCCGAGUACGUACAGACGCUCAAACACGUCGAUUUCGUCCCCCAGCCCAACGACGGCGGCUCCAAUAAGCUCGUCGCCGUGUUGUCGGGUCGCGGCUCCGUCCAUUUCUACGACUUCGAGCAGAACAUCAUCGUCAGCGAGCUGGUGGCGGACUACGAAAUCUCCAAGUACGAUUUCUCGAGCAAAAGCAACUUCUUCGUGUGCUUGCUGUGCUCGGGUGACGUUAAUAUCUACGACGUGGUGCACUACAUCGUGGUUCCUGUUAAAUUGAGAGCUGUGAGGGCGGAGACGCCGGGUCGUAGUGUCCGAUUAAAGAAGUGUUUGGAAAAAAUGGGUGUGGUUAAGGAGAAGAUUAGGGAGAUUCUCGAGAUCGAGAAGCUGCGGAUGAUCCUGAAGGAGUGCGGGGAGUAUCCGGAUAGUUAUAGGAAGAAAAUAUGGGAGCAUUUGUUGGAGCUUCCAAACAAUAAGCGACAAUACAACGCCAUUAUUAAUAAUAGAAUGAUUAUUUCGUUCGACGGGUUGUGCCAAAAGUAUCCACUACAAGACAAGAGGUGUCUUAAAAAUCUCAAACAGUUAUUGGAUAAUUUGGUCACGUGGUGUCCGUUUUUCUUCCAUGUUGACUACCUGCCACUAUUUGUGUUCCCGUUUGUGAAAGUCUUCGCUAACAAGCCGCUCACGUGUUUUGAGGCGGUUUGCACUAUUAUUAUCAAUUGGUGCCAAUUCUGGUUUGAGUACUUCCCGCUACCUCCUAUUAAUAUUCUCGCCAUGGUCGAAAACGUCCUCAUGGAGCACGACCCCGAACUCCUCGACCACCUCACCAAGAAAAACAUUACAGCUGAAAUAUACGCGUGGCCCAUUUUAAAAACCACGUUUUCCGAAAUUUUAGCAGCGCCCUCUUGGAGAGUCUUCUGGGACCAUGUUCUGACCAAUGAGCCUUCGUUUCUGCUGUGUGGGGUUGUCGCCUACAAUAUUUUACACAGGGCGGUUUUAUUCAGUCUUAAAGAUGAGAAACAGUUUCGCUGCUUUUAUAACACCCAUCACCCUGUAGAUGUAAAGAGGUUGCUAGCCAAAAGCUACCAAAUUUUAGCCAAUACGAGUGCCUCGAUUCAUCCGCGCCAAUAUUUAAAUAUGUUCCAAAAAAUUAAAAUGGGGGAGUACCCGAACUUUUGUGACUAUCCGAAAACGAUCGUAGAUAUGAAAGCGGCGAAAAGUAGAGAGAUGACCGAGGAAGCGGGGAAGUUGAAACGGGACGAAGUUGAUUUGUUCAGACAGCGAUUAGUGAGUUUGGACAGGUUGCAGGAUUUUGGGGUGCAAGAGGAAGAGAAUAGGCGGAUUUUAGAAAUGGAAAACGCCAUCAGAAAGCAGUUGUUAGAAGAGCAAGACCGCGUUCAAACCCACUACGAAAGAAUUGCGAAAUUACGCGAACAGUUCAACGCAGAAGAUAAAGUGGUGGCGUCCCUCAAAAACAAAAUCGCUAAAGAAGAACAAAAGAAAAGUCGCCAGAAGUAUUUGAACAGUCUUUUAAACGAUGUCAGUUUUCAGAAAAAAGAAAAAGAUUACGAGCUGACGAAAGUCGAAGAUGAGCUGCUGCGUAAUUAUUCGCAGUUAUUGAAAAAUAAGUACAAAAUAGAGAAAUUGUUGCCUGACGGAACUUCGACCAGUACGACACCUGCGUCUACCAUUGACAAGCAUCAACAAGAUUUGGCCAAUGAGAUUAGAACCGUGAGCAGUUUCGACAAGCCGCAAACGUAUUUGAAAGAUCUUAACCUAACAACGGGUUUGGAAGCCAUGGAUAAUCUAAUUAAAAAAAUUGAAGAUGAACUAGAAAAGGAGAAACGUGGCGUUGUCGAUGAAAGUGCCGCCAAUCGGCGAGUCCUGGAGCUACAAGUAGAAACGAGAGAGCUUGCAGCGGAAGUUAAUAAUUUGAUUAAGUUAUUGGCGGAGUCCAGAAGCGUGGAGUUGAACGAAUAACUUAAGUACCUGCACUUUUUACACGUUUUAUAUUUAUAUUUUUAUGUGUCUUGUUGAAUUUUAUUUUUUUCUGUGUUCAUCGAUCUCGUAUUUGCACUGUGAUAUUGUUAUUUUAAGCAGAUUACAUCUUUUUUAUAUAAAAA